AUGGGUCGCCGGCUUGAUAAAGACGACUACACCAUCGCGUGGAUAUGCGCACUAGACGUCGAAGUCACCGCAGCGGUCGCAAUCCUUGACAAACAACACAACCCACAACCUCAAGAUGAAGCAGAUAAAAACGCGUAUAUACUGGGUGAGGUUGGGGAUUACAACAUAGUAAUCGCAUGCCUACAAGCCGGGAGUUAUGGCACCACGUCAGCAGCGGUAGCUGUGACUGGAUUAUGCCGGAGUUUUCCAUCGGUAACUGCUUGCUUGAUGGUCGGAAUCGGAGGCGGGGCACCGUUUCUGCCACAACGAGAUAUUAGACUCGGAGAUAUAGUUGUCAGCGAACCCGUCGCGGGUGUAGGACUUGGAGGAGUCGGUGGGGUUUUGCAAUAUGACUUUGGGAAAACGGUUGAGGAUGGCAGGUUCGUUCAUACGGGAGUGCUAAACAAACCACCGGAGCUGUUCCUUACGACUUUGACGAAACUGAAGGCUGAAUAUCCGGAGAAGAUAUUCAGCAAGAAUAUCAUUGAUAAAAUUUUGAAAAGAGAGUCGACAGCUCCAAAGUUCGCUCGUCCUCCUGAUGAUAGCGAUCGGCUUUUUCAAUCGGAGUAUGCUCACCCUGACAAGGAUGUCUCCUGCGAUAAGUGCAACGUUAGCGACGUGGUCCAAAGACCCCUUCGUGCGAGGUAUCAAUCGGAACCAUACCUUCACUAUGGGUUGAUUGCGUCUGGAAACCAGGUUAUGAAAGAUAGUAUCACCAGAGAUAAACUAACUAAGGAUACCGGAGUCCUAUGCUUUGAAAUGGAAGCUGCCGGACUGAUGGAUAAGCUCCCCUCCCUCGUCAUUAGAGGCAUUUGCGACUACUCGGAUAGUCACAAGAAUAAGAUAUGGCAGCCAUACGCAGCCCUCGCGGCCGCUGCUUUUGCAAGGGAAUUGUUAACUCGACUCCCGCAUAGGGAAAAAAAGGAGAGAAUACGAGCUGUAAAAUGCGAAAUUAAGUUACAAAGAGCUGAAGAGGCUGCAUACGGGAGUGCCGCGGAUCAGUACGAACCGGAGUGCUUGCAAGGAACUAGAACCGACCUAUUGGAACAAAUCACGCAAUGGGUAGAGGACCCGAGUGGAAAAUGCAUAUUCUGGAUGAGUGGGAUGGCUGGUACUGGAAAAUCUACGAUUUCAAGGACAGUGGCGAGGUCGCUUCAAGCUCGUCAUCAAUUAGGGGCUAGCUUUUUCUUCAGGAGAGGCGAAGCUGAUCGCAGUACUGGGAGACUCUUUUUCACUACAAUUGCCUAUCAGUUAGCGAACCAUUUGACCAAGCUGGGGUCAUCAAUCGUGAAAGCAGUUGAGGACGAUCCCGGAAUCUCGGGUAAGAACUUCGCGGAACAAUUCGACAAACUCAUCUUUAGACCUCUCGCCGGGUUGGAGCCCGUUUCGGAUAAUUCGAGGGAAACUAUCGUCCUGCUAAUCGAUGCUCUGGAUGAAUGCCAACGAAAAGUGGACAUACCGAUUAUUAUUCGCCUUCUCGCCCUUUUACCGGAAAUACAAGGGAUUAAGGUUAGAGUGUUCCUGACAAGUAGGCCGGAACUACCUAUACGUCCCGCAUUCAAGAAGUUACCGGGAGGCACAUAUGAUGACUUGAUUCUUCACGAAGUUCCGAAGAUCAAAGAGGACAUCUCAACUUUUUUGCGUUAUGAACUCGCAAAUAUAGCCGCCGACAGCGACCGGGAUUUGGAACUCGGCUGGCCAGGGGAAGAAAGACUCCAAAAACUGGUGGAGAUGGCUGCCCCGUUAUUCAUCUACGCCGCGACCUUGUGCCGUUUUAUUGGGGAUGAAAACUGGGAUCCCGAACAACGAAUCAAAGUGCUUGUCAGAUACUUUGAGUCCCAAAAUUCGCGCCGUGUGAGCUCGAGAAAGGGGACUAAUAGCGAUAAAAAGGCCUGGCAGAGGUCGCAACUUGAUGCAACCUACCUCCCGAUCCUCGAGCAACUAAACGUUGGAGAUUCGGCCGAAAGAGAGAAGGUGGCAGCAGAGUUCAAAGAUAUUGUUGGCACCAUUAUUAACCUAGCAAGCCCAUUAUCAGUUCCGUCCCUGGCGCGUCUCAUAUUUGUUGAAGAGUCCACAAUUGAUUCCAGGCUUAGGCAUCUACACUCUGUACUCGAUAUACCAAAAGACCGCUAUGGUGCAGUGCGGACUUUUCAUCUAUCCUUUCGGGACUUUCUUGUGAACCCCGAACUCGAGGGCAGGAACGAGUUCUGGGUAGAUGUCAAGGAGGCGCACAGAAAGAUCGCUAGCAAGUGCAUAGAUCUAAUGUCCGGCUGCGGGAAGCAUCGUUCGCCCGGUUCGUGGGGCGGGCUAAACAAAUGGGGUCUAAGGGAAAACAUCUGCCGUAUCAAGUCACCUGCCACACCGAAGCCCGACAUAGAUAAAAAUGUUAUUGAACAAAGCCUACCUCCAGAGCUCCAAUACGCAUGUCGUUAUUGGGUAUACCAUCUUAAAGAAAGUGGGGACUCCAUUGAUGACAAUAGCCAAACGUAUACCUUUCUGCGAAAGCAUCUUCUUCAUUGGCUUGAGGCAACGAGUCUUUUAGAUAAUAUGGUCAAUGUUAUAGAUACAAUUGACACCCUAACUUUAAUCAUAGGUGGAAACGAUGGGAACAAUUUAUCCGAGUUGCUUUAUGAUGUCAAAAGAUUUACGCUCCAGAGCUACUUUAUCAUCGAAAAAGCGCCCUUACAGGUUUAUUGUUCGGCGAUAUUAUUCACCCCGGAAAGCAGCGCCGUGAGAAGGCUUUUUGGCUCGCAAAAGCUGAUUCGGCGGGUGUGGGAAAUUUCUUGGGUGAAUUCUGAAUGGAGCGCUUUGCUUCAAAGGUUGGGGGGUCAUACUAGCUGGGUGUGCGAUGUUAUGUUUUCGCCCGAUGGCCAAACCCUGGUGUCGGCAUCUCGUGAUGGGUCUAUUAAGCUCUGGGACCCUGCUACUGGAAGGCUGCUGCAAAAACUAGAAGGACAUGUUUCCGUUCGAGCUGUGGCAUUCUCGCUUGAUGGUAAAACAAUUGCAUCGGGGCUUGACGAUAAGACUGUUAGGCUGUGGAGUGCAGGUACUGGUAGACCGAUAGGAAUUCUGGAGGGGCAUGAAGAUUCAGUUCGCCGCCUGGCCUUUUCGCCUAGCGGCACAGUUCUUGCGUCGGUAUCUGAUGACAAGUCUAUCAUACUAUGGGAUACCGAAAGCGGCGAGAUGUUGCAGAGACUGGAGGGACAUACAAAAGCAGUUAACGGCGUAGCAUUUUCGCCUGAUGGAUCGUUGAUGGCGUCGGCAUCGGAUGAUAAGACUAUUAAGCUGUGGGACGCACGCGACAAUAUGCUGCUGCGCACACUAUCGGGGCAUGAGGGAGAGAUAUACUCUGUAGUAUUCUCACCCGAUAGCCAGAUUUUAGCAUCUGCAUCUGAAGACAAAGCAAUUGGAUUAUGGGACACAGCUACCGGUAACCAGCUAAAAUGGUUGAAAGGACAUUUAGACGAGGUUAAUACGGUGGCAUUUUCUCCUGAUGGUAGAUUUUUAGUAUCUGGAUCUCAGGAUGGGAUGAUCAUUUUAUGGAACACGGAUAGCAGAGAGCUAUUUCAGAUACUAAGGGGGCAUUCAGACUAUGUUUGGGCUAUAACGUUCUCCCCCAACGGAAGGAUGUUGGCAUCGGCAUCUGCUGAUCGCACCAUCGGGUUGUGGGAUGCUAGUAUUUGCGCUGGCAGACAGUUGGAUGGACAAGCACAGGCAGGGAAUUCGGGUCCAGUCACAGCUCUAGCAUUGUGUUCAAGCGGUAAAACUCUUGCAUCUGCGAUCGAAAAGGGGGAAGUCGCGGAGGUCGGGCUAUGGGAUGUGGGUACCAAGACGCAGCUGCGAACGCUAAAUUGUGAUUGGCGGGUGACAAAAGUGGAAUUUUCGGCCGACGGUAAGACUUUAGCAUUAGCGGGUGGAGCUGAGGGAGAGGAAUCCGAAAUGAGUCUCUGGGAUAUCAGUCCCAAGCGUGAGAGUCCACAUUGGAUGCUGGAUAUGGACAGUUUCAAUAUAUGGAAGACAACCACGCCAUGGCGAUUGGAGGGACACACUGAAGUAAUCAAUACACUGACCUUUUCUCCGGACGGCAAGGUUUUGGCAUCGGCGUCUGAUGACAAAACUGUCGGGCUAUGGGACGCCAGCACCCUAAAGAAAGGACUAUGGGAUUUGCGAAGCCCAAAUACUAGAAAACCGCUCUGCCUACUAGAGGGACACACUCGAUGGGUCUAUUCCGUAUCUUUCUCGCCUGACAAUAAGAUCCUGGCGUCGUGUUCUCAUGAUCAGACCAUCAGGCUUUGGGAUAUCGAUACAGAUCCUGGAAAAAUUCAAUCGCAAUGUACCAGCUUACGGCAAGUGCUAAAAGGGCACACUCGUUUGGUCUGCGCCGUGGUGUUCUCAUCGGACGGCAAGAUCCUUGCUUCAGCUUCUGAGGAUGAAACUGUUAGGCUGUGGGACGUGGUUACUGGGGCAUUACUGCAGACCAUUGCCAGGGACAGCGUAAAUCUGUCUCUAGCAAAUGAUGGUAUACGUAGUUGCUAUGUCAAUGUGGGAAAACACUCGUUUGCUUUUGGGUCUGGUGCCCCGCUUCUCGUUGACCACGGGGACUACCGAAACAUACCUUUGUACGACGGGGAAUGGUUAACUCUGGGAAAGGAGAGGCUUGUCUGGCUUCCACACACUCAUAGAUCAAAUCGGUAUGUCUCCACCGGUAGCCUACUUGCUCUUGGUUUGAGUUUGAAUUCUGGUGCUGUCUGGUGCAUUGACGUUCAACUCCUUUUUGAUUUGCUUCCUUUGUAA